CUUGGAUCAAGAAACGCAAGAAUUGUUUUCUUACAUUUCUUGGCACAAGAUCUUGAGCCAAGAAAGCAAGAAAUAUUUCUUGCUGCAAGAAGUGUCCCACUUUCUUGUUUUUUUCUUGCUUUCUUGUAGCUACUUGCAUCAAGAAGUUCCACUAGGGUGUCUCCAAGAAAUGCAAGAAAAAGAAGUAUCACUUUCUUGCCCAAAAAACGCAAGAUCUUGGCCAAAAAAUCAAAAAAAAACUUUCACUAGGGAUACCAGGCACGAUAUUAAUACAAAAUCUAUGUAUAGAUGUAUCCAUAUAUGAUCUAUAUGAAACAUUUAGCCACUUUGGAAUCAUCAAAGUAAGUGUAGGGCUCAGCUACGUACCCACGAUUUUUCGAAGAGGAGUGAAAUCGUUUCUUUUAGUGAUUUUUAGGAAAACAUUUUUUCUGUAAGUCUCUUCUUUCCAUAGUGAAAUUUAGGUCUGGUCUCUCUUUCUGUUAGAUUUUUGUCGCAUCCUAUGAUUCUUAAAAUCGGUUUUCCAAUAGAGGUAGUAUGAAAUAAUUUUCUAAGGCGGUGCCAUGGCCCACCCUCAACCCAAUAAUGGGUACGUCACUGGAAGGAGCACAUUGUUCUUUGAGGCUUUUACACUGAAUGUGCGCGUUUUUUAUCUAAAGCUUUACUCAUUUUAGAAUGCAAUCGCGAAGAUAGCGGCUCUGGUUCAUAUGGUGGCGAUUGUGGAUGGUACGAUGAUAUAGAAAAUCGAUAUGGAGACUACAAAUCACAUAGAAGAGGUGAUGGUCAAUAUAGAGGAAUAGCUGGUAAUGAAGAAUUUCAUGAUCAACGAGAUGCUUCACAGGAUGCCUUCCGGAAGAACGAGAGAAGUGAUAUGGGUUAUAUUCGACGAGAUCUAUUAUUUGAGAGAUAA